UACUUCCGAUCAGAAUUUUCGACAGGAUUGUAUUUUGUUUUAUUCAGGCUUGAUAUACGUGUUAUUAAGAGCAUCGUGUCUGAUGAAAUCGUCUCCAUUUUUACAUUGACGUUUUAUUUUAGCAAUAGAAAACCGAGAAAGUGCGUAUACAGUUACAAGCACAGUUUGAUUUGUUGCGUCGGUAAGGCCAGGUGAAAGAUUGUUAAAUAAAGUAAGAUGAGUUUGCAGUGGACGUUCAUAGCAGUGUUUCUUUACACUGAAAUUGCUCUGGUCAUAUUGCUUCUUCUACCUUACAUCUCUCCUACCAGAUGGCAGAAGAUCUUUCGUUCUCGUCUGUUGCAAAGUUUCACAGCAUACGCCAAUUUGUAUUUUAGUGUGUUCAUAAUUGUCUUGCUUCUCUUGUUUGUAGAUGCAAUUAGAGAGGUGCGGAAGUAUUCAGUUCCUCUAGAGGAAGUAGAUGCAAGAAAUAAUCCCAAUGCUGAGGGCAAAACCAUCCACAUGAAACUUUUCCGAGCCCAGAGGAAUUUUUACAUAGUUGGUUUCGCCCUGUUCUUUGGCUGGUUGUGAGGCGCCUUGUGGACACUGUUGUCUCGGCAAGGCCACUCUGCUCGCUGAGGGAGAAGCAGCAAGGAACAGGCCCAGGGAGCAACAUUGGCAGCUCAACAGAUGCUGGAGAAGAAGGAAAAUAAGGUCAGAAAGCAGAAGCUGGUGUCUCAAAAUCUUUUGUAUCACCUUUAUUUGUCCUUAGGAAUAUUACGUAUUCACUGCAGAUCCAUGCAUGCAAUGCAUCAUAUUGUCAAUCACUUCAAUCCUUUUCCGGGAAUAUAUGUGUUUUGGAAUUACACAGAAGUGGAAUGUAUUACUAAGUCAUCUCUUUGUAACAGGAUAAUAAUGAUUGAGGUGAAUGCUGGAGAAUUGCAGGAGGCUCUGGAGAAGACCAAAACCGAACUCCGUAAGACAAAGAAAGAACUGGAGAGCACAAAGAAUAACCUAGAUGCCAUGUUAAGCCAAGCUAAAGCCACAAACAAAGAGUAUGACAGACUUCUGAAGGAGCAUGAAGUCUUGCAGAGGAAACUAGCCCUCCAAGGUGGAGGAGAUGAAACAAAGAAAGAUUCUUAGAAAAUCGCUGUUUUCUGAUUUGAACAACUUUUCCUGUGAUUUAAUCUUGUCUUUGAACUUCAUAUAUGGUAUUUGACAUCUCUUGCCUCUGGAAGCAUUGACUAAGGUUUAAGCACUUCAUACUGUGAGAUCUUUCUGUUUCAUUUAUACUAAACACUCAUGAAAAUGUUGUUGAUUGAAAUUUGGGUGCUCUUUGUGUUAAAUCUUAACAUACUAGUACUGGGGUAAUUAGUAUAAUUUUGUUUUAGUGAUGUGUUUUAUUAUGAUUUGUGUUUGGUUGAUGGGAAAAGAGCUUGGCAAGCAGAUACAGUAGCUGCAUAUUGAAUCUGUGACAGCAGUAUAGAAUCAGAAGUACAAAAGUAUUGUAUGUGUGUCAUCGUUAUUUUUCUCAUUUUGAAACCUUACUUGUGUUUUAUCUUAAUACAAGGUGAUCUUUUCUUUUUGAGACUAUCAAAAUUGAGAAUUUGUGUUUUGAUAACAAUCAUUGAAAUAUUUAUUUCACCCUGUAAUUUUAUGUACUUUGACUUGUUUUAUAAGUUUCAGGAUUUUAAUGUAAAUUCAGAACAGUGUUCUUAGAUGCUAAGGCUGUGGUCAGCAUAAAGUCUUGAUUCCUUUUGGCAUUGGUUGUUUUAGAAAGAGCCUGGUUUAGUUGGGGAUGCUAAGCUUAAAUCAAGUUGGUGUCUUGCUCAUUACUUGGAAUCCCAUGCUCAUUACUUUGAAUUCUAUGGAUAAUUGUAGAUAAUGGGAUAUUAAUCAUUUAGUGUAGGAGAUGCAUUCUACGAAGUUUGAUAUAUACAUGUAUGUAUGUGCACAGAGGUGUCUGGUACUUCUCAUGUAGUACAUGUGAAUCACUCUAUGCUUUAUAGUUAUCUUCACAUUAUCAACAGGUCUUAAAAGAACCCACUAAGAAACAAGAUAAAACUGCAUCAUAACAUUGAAUUUACCUGCAUCCUUAAAUGUCUUCUGUAUUAGAUCUAAGAUCACAGAUGUAGUUAUGUCUGCAUCUGUAUUUUGUUGUAGUAGUAUGUUUGAGUUACAGUUUUACUGUUGAGAAUAUUUAUCGUAUAAGAAAGGUAUAGUAUUUACAAGUACUACAACACCCUAGAUAUAAUCACCAUUACACGUACUGUAUUUAAGUACUUGGCCUAUGUUUUCACUGACUUGCAUGUUUCACUGUUUUACCGUCUCCUUUGAUUGUAUAGUGGAUAUUUGUGGCCUUUUAUAUCGUAUGUACAUUCAACCCUGUAAUAAAUCACUGCGUUCUACUUUA